AUAUCUUUAUGUAUAAUAUGUACAUAACUCUUUCCAGAUGUAUAUCCUUUAUAAUUUAUUAUUUAAUUUAUCUUGCUACAUUACAUUUCUUCAUUUAUCGCGUUAUAUAAUAAGUAUAUAUAAGUAUAUAUAACGCGUUAUAUAUAAUAUACAAUAAUACUGCAAUACUAUAUUGUAUUGCGGUAUUAUUGUAAUUAUUAUAAUCUCUCUCUCUCUCUCAUCUUACAUUAUUUUUUAAUUGUCAUCAAGUAGUUUAUAUUAUUUUUUCUUAGUAUUAAAAAUAAAUCUUUAUUUUCUCGAUAAUUGCUUGAAGAACUAUUUGUAAAUCAAUUUUGAAAAAUAAAACGAAGUAAUUUGCCUCGAAACAACUCAUAUGCAUCUUAUUAUUAUUAAUAAAAAAUUUAUGCGAUUAUAGUUAUAAAUAGUUUCUAAUAUUUUAAUUUUUUUUUUCAUCAAGAGAGAAUUUCUAUUUUAGUUUCCAAACUUGACGAUUGUUCGGUCGCAGAUCUCGGUGGAGUACUUUGCAAGGCUAAUCUUCGAAGAGCGACGAAUUCGUGGGAAGAAUGAUAGCGUACUUCUUACUCGUCGGUUGCAUCGCGUCGCUUGUUGUUCACGAGGAGUCGUUUGUCUCGGCUGCGCCGUCGAGUGGAUACGGCUUCCCCGAGCAGACGACGACCUCCGCCGGUCUAAACGGGGGCGCACAGGACGCGACCGCGAGCAUCAAUAAUCCGGAAUCCGCCUGCCCGUGCUUGACAUCGGUCAAUAGCUCGACGAUCCCCGGACAAUCGGACUGGAUGACGCAGCACAGGCAACGUCUCGAGCAGUUUUACUCUCAAAACGUCAUGUUGCACGGCAUGAUGUGCACAUGCAACAUGGCAAUGCGCGGCCCCACGAUGAGAGACGAUUAUCGUUAUACGGUAGGUAUCGGCGCGCAUAAGAUGCAUACGAGGGCCGCCACGUGGAACGACGCGAGGAAGAUCUGUAACGAGGAGGGUGGUCACCUUGCCAUCAUCAAUUCUAUUGCCGAGGAGCAUAUACUAGUGGAGAUAUUUAAUCAUUCCGGACCGAUCAAGGGUGCGGCAUAUCCAAAUGUGGCCUUCUUAGGUAUACACGAUCUUUAUGCGGAAGGCGAGUGGGUCACGGUGUUGGGCGAUUCAUUGGCGAAAACCGGUUAUACCAGGUGGAGCGACAAGUGGGGUGGACAACCCGACAACGGAGGCGGCAAACAGCACUGUGGCGCCCUAAUAAAAGAGGGUAGCAUGGACGAUGUCGCAUGCGACGUUCCAUUUCCAUUCCUUUGUGAACUCCCGCAGAUGCGAGUUUUACAGUGAGAAGAAAAAAACGGCGGCUCGGUGCACAUGUAAAAAUUAAGCGUCGCAUAAGGUUUAUGUACUCUUGAAUGCAACAUCUUGUGCUGCGCUCAUGGCGCGUAUCAUGUCUGCAUUCUGCAAAUAUCAUUCGUGAAGGAUCUUUCUCAAACAUAUGCAUGUACAUAUAUACAAAGUUAUCUUCUUUUUCCUAACGUAUAAUAUCUUGUUGGAAAUUUAAAAUCUCUCUCUCUCUUUCUCUCUCUCUCUCUCUCUCUCUCUCUUUCUCUGUCAUUUUCUACAAUAGGUUAUUCAAUAAAAUGUCUGGCUUACAUAAAUAUGUCUUACACACACACACACACACAAAAUACAUCUUACGAAUAAAUGUAAUGUUUCCUUGGAUUUUCUUAGACUCUGAAAAGAUUUGUAUUUUUUUUCUAUAUGUGUGUGGUCUUUACACUGAUACAAAUAUAAAAGGUAAACGGACCUUUUGAUUACUUAGUCGUAUUAUCAAUGUUAAAAUUAGUGAGUCUAAUUAGUUGUUUGUUUCUAUACAAUACAGUUGUAUUCCUAAAGUUUGGACAUUGCAAGUUUCCGCGUUGUAAUACAACGGUACUAUUACGUGUUGAGUUAUGUUGCACGAGUUUACAGUAGAGUGAGAAUUUUGCGUUAUAAUAAUGCCGCAGGAGUGCAACAAUUCGCAAAUAAUAAUUAAAAAUUAACAACGUGUCAGUUUGUUAAAUUUUUUUUGUACCUUUGCUUUAAAUUGGAUCGAUAUCUUUAUCGGAAUCUCAAUUUUUACGAGAGUACUUUAACCUCGCAUGUUACAGCUAAAAUAUAACUUACGAACCUUCGCGAUUUAUGUUUAUAGGAAAUAUAGCGCGCGCGUUACGUUUCGGAGAAUAAAGAAUUUAUAGAGGCAUCGAUAGGAGAGUGGAGCAAUGCAAGCCGAUGUUACGAACGAUGUAAGUCGAUAUUUACGGCAUGGCCGUAUAACCCGUGGUUUUUGAUUUUGCUGAAUCCUCGCUAAAUUGCGCUUGAAAUUGAGAAGGGCGCGGAAAAUGAAGACGGAGCUAAUUUUAGAUGCAAUGUUAUACUUGUGCUGAAAAUCAUAGCGCUAGAGAAACCAAACGACCAGAGAAACCAGACCGAAUAGCGGAUGAUAAUUACUAUCUUCCUACUACCUAUAUAAACUAAAAUAUUGAACAUGGAUAAUUAUUAACUGCAAUAUGCUGAAAUUAUUAUAUCGAUUUAUCGAUACAAUAGGUAUGCAUGAGCAGUAUAAUGUCUAUUGUGCAUUAUGUGUGUUUUUAUAGUGUUCCACUUAGCAUUUACUUAGCAUAUUUACCUAGUAAUUAAGAAUGUAAACGUUUUUUAUUUCUAAAUCUUAUACGAUAAUUUUUUAUAACACACUUUGUAUAAAUAUAAAAUAAAUACAUUAAAUAGAA